GACAGGCAGAAGAAAGGGACUAUUUUCAGUUUAGAAAAAUGCUCUCCCCUUCCUCAGAACAUUUCCACUGUGAUCAAAGAGACCAUGAAUAAGCCUCAGACAGAAGGGCAACUCUGGAUGGUGAUGCAAUAGUACAGAAUCCAGAAUGGAUGUCCUCUUUGUAGCUAUCCUUGCUGUGCCACUUAUCCUGGGACAAGAAUAUGAGGAUGAAGAAAUCCUGGAAGAGGAUGAUUAUUAUCAAGUGGUCUAUUAUUACACAGUCACCCCCAGUUAUGAUGAUUUUGGUGCAAAUUUCACCAUUGAUUACUCCAUGUUUGAGUUAGAGGACAGGCUGAACAGGUUGGAUCAGAAGGUAACAGAAGCAGUAGAGACUACCACUAGUCUUGAAACAGAAGGUGCAGACCAUCAGAAACCUGUAACCAUGAAACCAGUAACAAUGGAACCACAGAGUCCAGAUCUGAAUGAUGCUGUGUCCGGUCUGCAGAGUCCUGUAUCCCUCCUUCUGUGGUGGGCCCUAGUUCAAGGAGGGAUGUAUUUCAUGUAAAAGGUGGGAAAGACUGCUAUGACUUUUUGGAUGGGGAUUUGGCAAGAGGAAAUUGGAAGAUAAAAUAAAUAAUAAGUGAAAUAAUCUGGUUA